CCAACCUUCAGAUCUCCACACCCUUUUCUUUUCUCUCAACGGCCGCCCUUCACUCUCCUUCUUCUCUCUUCUUCGACCCGAGACAGCCAGCAUGGCGCCGCCGCAGUGAUGAGGUGGAGCAAUGGCGUAGGAGAUCGACGAUGGGUGGCGCAAUGACGGCCUGGCGGUUCGGCGACGAGGGAGGUCAGGCGGUUGUCUGGCGGGCGACGAGGGCAGAGGCGCUGCGCAAGGGAGGCCUAUAGACGGUGAGGGAUGUCUUGCGACAGCAGCGGUGGACUCGGAUCAACGACGGUACGAGGUGGGGCGAGCAGCAAUGAUGGCUUCUGGCAGUGAUGGUGACGCGGCGGAGCAGCUGUGGCGAAGGAAGUGACUGUCGGAGGGAAACAAAGCGAUGUGGGAGCAGCGCUGCUUGCACUGGAAAUGAGGCAAGGAUGGAGGGGCAGAGGAGGAGCGGGUCUGGUCUAGUGAACUGAAAUGGCCUAACCGACCGGGUGGGGGUUUGGGUAAUUGGCCUGCUACUAGGCUUAAAAGAUGGGUUCUGUUUCUCUUUUUUUUUUAGAUAGAAUUUUUUGUGGCAGAUUGGCUGGAAGCCCGAAGUUGUAAUAGAAAUGGAUUGUAACGGGAUGAUGAAUUUCAAGUGUUUAAACUAGGUUCGAACAACACUAUUUACUUUUGGGAAAAUCCGGACAAAAAUGGGUGCCAACAGUGUUUAAUAUAAAAUAAUGUCGCGGAGAAAAAGCAAACAUAGCAGUUUUGGGGA